AUGGAGAGCUGGAGGCAAGCCAACUUCCAGCUGCUCUGCCUGGAGCAGGGGGACCGACCGGUGGAGGACCACAUCCGCGACUUCCUUGACCUGGCGUAUGUCUCCAACUUCCCUGACUCCUCCCUGGUCGUGUUCUUCCGGUCGAACCUGAGCAGUGCGCUCAAAGAACGGUUGCCGCCGGCAACACGCGGCUGGACGCUCCACGCGUUCGUGGAGGAGACUCUGGUGACCUGCGGCUCCUCGUUGACCGUCCAUGAUAUGGAUUCAGUGGGAGUGAAUGUGAUUGAAACUGCAGCUCUGGGGAGACCCUUCCAGCUGGGCAUGCUGUAUGACUGCAGGAAGGAUGCAUUAAUACCAGGAAUCACACUGUGGGAUCAAGAAAAGCUGCAGCAGAGUAUUCGUGCUCGUCCCCAAAUUAAUACUAAUUUUAAAAUAACAGCUUCAGACUCCAUCGAGGAAAAAUCGAAUUUAUUGAACAUUGAUGGUGGACUGAAAUUGAGUGUUUUAGGAGGCCUCAUCAAUGUAAGUGGAUCAGCCAAAUAUCUUAAUGACACCAAGAAGUCUUUCAAUCAACAGAGACUUACCUUACAUUAUCAUUCAACCAACAAGUUUGAGGAACUCACUAUGAACCAUUUGGCACCUGAAAAUAUAAUUCACCAUCAGGUGUUUGACAAUGACACGGCCACACAUGUGGUGACAGCGGUGCUGUAUGGAGCAGAUGCGUGCUUUGUGUUUGAUCAAGAAGUUUCAUCUGAUGAGGACAAAACAGAAGUAGAAGGAGAAGUAAAAGUUGCUUUUGAGAAACUAAAAUUCAUUUCUGUAGGUGUAAACAGUAACCUCGAGAUGAAUGACACUCAGAAGAAUGCUGUCCAAAAAUUCAGCUGCACAUUUUAUGGGGACUUCCAGUUACCAGCUAAUCCGACAACUUUUGAAGAUGCUUUGAAGGUUUUUAGUGAUCUUCCAAAACUGUUGGGAGAAAACAAUGAACGUGCAGUUCCAUUGAGAAUUUGGCUUUAUCCUUUGGACAAACUUCAUACAAGAGCCGCAAAACUUCAAAAAGACAUCAGCAUACGUCUAAUCACAGACAUAGAAUCAGUGAUUGAGAGUUUAAGUACAGCUGACAUGAAAUGCAGUGAUCUUCUGAAAGACUCACCUGCUUCAGCUUUUGCUGCGUUUCAUGAUAAAAUACAAAACAUGAAGCAAAACUGUUACAACUACAAGUUAAGUCUAAUGAAGGAUCUUGGUUCUCUUUUACCAAACAUCCGUGGAGACAUGAUACCGGACACAGCCCUGACUGAUCUUCUGAAACAUCACGAGGAAUCUCCAUUCAGAAGAAGUGAUCUUGAACAGUGGCUGAAAGAGAGACAGAACGAGUCUGAUGUCAUCAAAACGCUGCUCAAACAACUGAAUGAUUCGGGAGCAAAAGUAGAAAACAACCUAGAUAACAUUUUUAUGGAUCUAGAAGUGGAAAAUGUGGUCUGUUAUACAUUCACAUCACUGGACUGGUCAGAUGUGCUCCUCUCUAAACAAAAGGAUUCCUGA